GAGUUAACACGUCAUAAUAUAGCACCUAUACAACACUAACGAGUGUCGACAAACGAGUGUGACUAAAAAUUGUCUCGUAUGUGUUUUCUCACCACAAACCGGGUCCUUUGUGGACAAAGAGGAAUCCUUCUGGUUUCACAAGGUCGAUAUAAGUAGAGGCUCGGAGAGGUUUCUAGAGGGAUGCUGUGAAGUUUGUGAGCUCCACGAAUCAUCCGCAAAGUCAGGAUUACUAUUAGCUGAAAGGAACCCAGGAAUCCAAACAAACUUCUGUAUUGUUUAAUUGAUUUUAGUUUCAUCGUCUGCAAUCGUUAUUUGAAUCUACUGAUCGACCUUUGUUCUAGGAGGGUAUUAGAGAGAUGAAGGGAUCAUCUUUGUACGUUUUCAUCCUCCUGGCAUGCAUCAUUCUCCAUGGUAACGCCGAUGAUAGCUCGGAGGGACAGGGGACUGAUGAGAGCUCGGAGGAACAAGUUCCAGUGCAAGACAGGAAUUGUCCAAGAUAUUGUCAACAGAACCCUUCUCGGAGUUUAACUGUAUGUGGGAGCAAUGAUCAAACUUAUAGAUCGGCAUGUUUCUUUCGGCAACACGCCUGCGCAGUAGGAGCUACUGGUUACUGGUACAUAGCAUAUGUAGGAGCCUGUAUGAGACGGCAGCCGGUAACACCGAAAAGAGUCCCCACUACAAGGAGACGACCCAUCACUGCCGGGGUUACUCAAGCUCCUAUCACGACUAGGAAGACGACGACGAGGAGAACGACUACGACAACGACCACCACGGCAGCUCCCGUGGUGACGACACCCAUCCCAUGUCCACCGACGUGUGAGCUGGUCCUGGAACCUGUCUGUACUACAGUGGGAACCUAUCAAAACGAAUGCACCUUUAACUGGGUACGAUGUCAAGGUAUCAUAUCACCGACUGAAAGCAUUCUCUACAGGGGCUAUUGUUUAGAUACAUCGACGGCGGGCCCAUGAUCACGGAAGUACUAAUUAACAGCGAUGGUCGAAGUCCGACGGGACUCUAAAAAAACUGUCCUUCCAGCUACAAUAGAUCAUUUGGGCUCUUUCCAAAUCGCCUGAUUCAAGGAACACCGGGGUUCGGAGGUUACAAUGGAAAAGAGGAAUGACUGCAUGGGUGUGUUUAUGAGGGCACGGUGUGGAUUUGGGAGGGUGUAUGUCUGGGGUGGGGGAGAGGGGUGCUAUCUUGUGAAGUUGGCAGAUUAGCUUGACAAAAAUGAUUAGGGCAUCCCAUCUUAUUAAGAGUUGGGGUGGAUUCAAGUGUUUUUUUUAAAUAAUGGCUGCCUAUUUAGUCUUUCAGGGUCUUGAAGAAGAAAAAAAAAAUUGAAAUUGAUAUUAACUCUUUUUCAUAUAGGACCUAACGCAAAUCUCACUUGCAAUAAAACACUUGAACAUUCGAUUAAGGUACGAGGAAUGAUUGGAAGGGAAUAUAAUAAAUUGAAUGCCAUGAAUGGAAUGAUUGAAGAACAAAAUACAAAACGUAGGCGAACACAUAAAAUAAUUUUCCUUUGAUUAUAAUGGCUUGAUGGCUAUUACAAUUAUUUUGUAUCAGAGGUGAUUACGUUUGUACAUCUUUUUUUUAUGAGGAUGAAGUCCUGCAAAAUAAAUUUGAGUGCGAUGUGGAUUUCUCCAAAUCAUUCAAAAUUGUAAUAAUAUGUCUACAGGAACAACCCUACUUUGUAUGUUCACAUGGUACAUUAUUGACAAUUGAGGAGCAUAAGGCAUAUUUCCGAUCAUAAUUUUGGUGGUUUGAACAAAACCAUAAUUUUAUAUUAUGCUAGGAAUGUACUGUAUGUUAUUGAAUAUAAUGUAUAUAGAUAUAUUUUUUAAAUGUAUAUAUAUAUAUCUUGAUGAAGUCGAAUAAGCCUAAGCAAUGUAAGAUGAUCGAUAUGUCUUUCAACAGAACACACUUAAAAAAAACAUUCUGAUGAAUAUCACGACACUGGGUUCAUAACGUCACACUAACAGCUUCGUAAACUGAUAAAACCUCCGUUGCAGUGUUUGAUGUUAUAAACACAAUUUAGUUCAUUCGCCAAUUUCAAUUAAUGGUACAAGCACAUUCGCCCACCAUAUUUUCUUUCUAAAAAAUAAUCAGGCAGGGAUAUGCGUUUGUUUGUUUUAUGGUGAUGGUUUUAGCUGAUAUGUAUAAUCACAAGACCAAAAACCAAAACCAUUCUUACUGUUUAUCAAGUUCAUGGCCGGACGGACGCAUAAUUCCUCUAUCAACAAAUAGGAAUUAAGAGCACCACAAUAUCAUGAAUGACGAUGUCGUGAAUGUGAACAUAGAAGGUAAACGGUGUGAACUCAUCUUUUUAGUUCACAAUGGUGUGUUCAAAAUCGACACUGUGUCAAAUGAGGAGCUUGAACUUCGUGGUUCUCUUUUUGGUUGACUCGUGUCACGCUUUGUGUACAGUAUUUUUACAUUAUCAGAAAUAUGAAAGUGCUUUAAUUCGCUAAUCGUAUACUGCGAAGUUUGAACUGUGUUUACAAUAUAGGGCUUUACACUGUGUUGUUGUAUGGGUACACUAGUGCCCUUUGGUAAGGCAUUAAUCCUCAUCGCCAGGUCCCUCGGAGAGGACCUAAAGCCGUCGGCCGUCUGGUUGCUUACUUACAAGCAUUUAUGCUUUCUAAGCAGUCAGGUAAAAUAACCACCAUCACCAUCACUAUGAGUAUGAACACUUUGGCUUCACGUUGCCAAGACGAUGAAAGUGUUUCAAUUUGCUUCUUUGUCUUACUGGGGAGUUUGAACUUACUAGUUCGAUGUGUGGUCACUGUUUGUCAUACUGUACGUGCUUACAAUAUACACUGUCAUAUUUUAGUGCGGAUAUAUACGGAGUGAACACGGUGUGCUCACAUUUUCAAUAAUAUGAGGCAGAUUUACGUAAUACACUUUUGAUGAAAUAGGAAGGUAAAAGGAUCAUUACUUUGCAUCAUGGGAUAAACCAGGACUUCACCGGUUUUAUCUUACAGCGAAAGACCAUUAUAACAGUUAAACAAGCUGCCUCAGUGUUUUGAAUUUCGCUCCGAAGUCAUACAGAGCGCAAAUUUGAAACACAGCAGUGCUGAAAAUGUGAACAUACAUGUUCUGUGUUUAAACAUUCUCUCUAAACCAUCGAUGUUUCAUACUCUGUCACAUAGUGAAAAGAACCACGGAAGAACAGUCUUGUCUCUAUGACUUGACUGAAAAGGGUGUCCUUCUGACUUCAUUAUUGUCUUCUUCUUUUUUUUACAUUGCAUAUUAUGUUUGUUUAAGUGUUUAUUUAUAUUAUGUUGUAAAUUUUCUGUAUAUAUAAUAUCAUGUUUUUAUUGUGAAUUCAGAGAAAAAUAAAUCAAAUCAAAACCGUUUGAUAACGCUACAUAG